UUAGUGUAACAUUGUUGAUGAACCAGAAUAACACCGAUACACACUAAAAACAUUACCAUGUCUAUCUUUAAAGUUAAAUAUUGGUGGUCUACCGACAGUCUCCACACUAAGGAGACAGUGAGUGGAUCCCAAAACGCUUAUAGUCUAAAAGUGGACAGAUUCAAUUCUCACAGUGACAGUGACUGUAUAUUGUUAGCAGAGGAAUCGACAAUAAAAGUAUUUAAACCUAAUAUAGAGCAAGAAAAUUCACAUACACUUUUAGAAAGUGAAUUGGAAGAUGUUAUAUUACAAAUCGAAACAGGUAAAUUUGUAAGCGAGAUCGCGGACAGGCAGAUAAUUGUGCUACAUGCGAGAAGCUACUCUAUCUAUCAGUUACUUAAACAGGAAGGUCAUACAAACGCAGGCGAACAAAAUAAACUUGAACCAUUAGUUAGGCAUGCGUUCACAAGAAAAGCUGACAGUUUGACGUGUGGUCCUUUUGGGAAUAUAAAAACCCGUGAUUUUAUAUGUAUCCAAGGCCUCGAUGGAAGUUUAAGCUUCUUUGAUCAGGAUACAUUUUUAUUUCUAUGUAUUUUCAAUGAUGUCAUUAUUCCUGGACCGAUAUCUUACAUUGCAAAUUGCGAUGCAUUUGUUUUAUGUAAGUCGACUUGGGUUUUAGAAAUUUAUAGCUACCAGCAACUACGAGAGUUCAGUGAGUUAAGCUUACGACAGAAUAAACAAAAUGUACCCCAAUGGACGUACAGUGCCUGUGAAGAAAUUACACAAAUACAAGUCAUUCAGACUAGCAGCAAUUUUUCUAGUAUCAUAGCACUAGGAGAAAGACAUCUUUGCUGUUUUCAAGACAACGGUUUGAUGAAAUUCAUGAUAAAAUUUGAUUAUAUGCCAAUGUGUUUUAAUAGUUAUCUUAUUGGAUGGUAUUACGAGCCAACUGCACGAAUGUUAGUAAUGGUAGCUUCAGAUGAUUGCAAAUUAUAUGUAUACGAAAACACGACCUUACUAUGGUCGUGUGAUUUACUACAUCCAGUUAUUUCCAUAGCGCGUUGUUUCCUAAAAAAUCUUCCCGGAGGAAUAGUGAGUUUAUCAAAUACUGGUAUAGUAAACGUAGGCUAUUUAGGCACGGAGCCCGAUCUCAACGGUAACGCUAGAGCCAUGAUCAACGAAUCGAUUGAUCCGGAACAGAUUCAAGCCGAAUUGGACGAGGUUGAAAGUGCUUUCCAAAAACUUUUAGAUGAUAAAAACGAAGCGGAUACCAGCUUUUCAUUAGUAGAACGAACAAUAAAUAUAAAGGCGGACGUCGGGAAACCAGUUCAAAAUUUGUUUCAAGAAUUUUCUAAAGGAGACGAAGCCUUACAUUUGCUUAUGUGCCCUAUCAUAGUAAUGAUAACGUGCGAUGAUCCUAAAAUUAUACAAAACGUCCAAAUAUCAUAUGUUUGUUGUUUUCCGUUCGCUUGUUCAGAGUCAGCAAUUUCAUUAGACAGAAUGAACGGCACGGAAAUUAUUGAGACGCAAGUUUUCUUGACCAGUCACUGUGAUAUUUCUGAUACAAGGGUAGUAAUAAUGUUCACUAUAACAGAUUCCGUUGGGAAAAUUGUCGUACUAUCACGUGAUGUUUUGUUACCAAUCAGUCUUUACUGUACACCUAUCGAAAUAAUACCGGAAAAUCAGUAUAUGUUAAGUGUUAGAACAAAUCAACCUAUUGUGGAAUUUACACGAAUAUUUACAGACUUCAAUGGGGAAGAUUUGUCGGGUAAUACCAUUACGUUUGGAUAUAGAUCAACAAAGAAUACAAUUACACUUAAAAUAAGAGACGACCACUACAUAAUCGAAGCGAAUAAUUUUACGGAAAUUACAAGUGUUUUGGAUCAUUUUCUCGUGAAGCUAAUAGACCAUCACAGGAGGAUGUCCACAAAGGAUUUUCGUUUUGAUUUUCAAUAUGAUAAAGAAUUUAAAAAACAGCUCCUUCAUAGUUUUCUGAAGAGCAUCGAAAUACAUGCGAAGGAACGCAUUAAACUCAAAGGGUUUGAGGAUGAGCUGAUGACACUUCACGGACAAUUCACUUUAAUUCAAAAGAAACUACUCGUACAGUACGGGUCGUUGCCCCCAGGCGAUUGCGAAUCUCUAGAGUUCUUGAUGAAAGAUACACAUCAACGACUCGUUAGCACGGUUCAAGAAAUAGUGAAAUGUAAAGACACUGUCUGCAAUCUAGGUAGUACUUUGAGCACCGUCGGCCGAUUGAUUCUUUGUAUAUUAAAACAAGUGACGCACGACAAUCUAAAAAUGAAAUUGAUAGAAGAGAUGAUGUCCGUCAAUUCCUUGUAUGAAGAUUACCAGGAAUGGGAAGAGGCCGCUGUCCAGGGAGUUUUUUACAUUCUAAACACAUUAUUAAAAAAAUCCGAUAAAGACAAGGAAAAAUUGGCACCGGUUACCGAACAAGACGCGCUGUCGCAAAUCAACGUGAAGCGUUGUUUGAAACAGACCAAAGUUAUCCUCGAGAUGAUGUUUGACGAUGCGAGCGCCGAGGACCAAGACGGAAGGGUCGCUCGUACUGAAGAACUAGUUGAAGUGCUAUAAUAUGGUAGGCAGCGGCUUAGCUCUGCCCCUGGCAUUACUGAAGUCCAUGGUCGACGGUAACCACUCACCAUCAGGUGGGCCGUAUGUUCGUGCGCCUACAAGGGCAAUAAAAAAAAAUCAUGUUUCACGAAAUUAAAUCACAACAUACAAACAUCAAUAAAGCUUUAUUUCAUUUACUUAAGAGAAAUGUUUAUUAUAAAUAGAUGUUGUUAUUGUUGAAUCGUUAAGCUUAAGCGACGUGUAGUAGAGUGUAAAUGACGAGAUUGAAGUACAGCAUGUGCACUAGAAGCAGGAGAACCUUGUCGCGUCAUUUCUUUUUGGCGUCCUUCAAUCCGGCGCCCGCGUUGAACUUGAAGAAGAUGAUGUCGCCA